AUGUGUGGGAGUAAAAAAGAUGGGGGAAUGGGUUUUAGGGAUCUUCAUUGUUUCAAUAUGGCUAUGUUAGCAAAACAGGGGUGGCGUCUUUUGACCUCGCCUAAUACUCUCUUUUAUAGAGUCUUGAAAUCUAAAUAUUUCCGUGACGGGAGAUUGCUUGAUGCACAAAUGGGUCAAAACCCUAGUUUUGUCUGGAGGGGUAUAAUGUCUUCUAACAUGGUCUUGAAACAUGGAGUUAGGGGGAGGGUUGGCAAUGGUAGGCGUAUUUAUGUUGUGAAGGACCCUUGGUUACCCAUUGAUGGAGUCUUUUAUGUGGAGGAUGAUAGGAUAUCCACACUAUUCUUGAUAUUCCUUAUGUUAAGAAGGGUUUUGGAAGGAGAGGCUGAUUUGCAUUAUGAAUAUAUCCACACUAUUCUUGAUAUUCCCCUUAGUGUAAGAGAUUUGGAGGAUGAGCUGAUUUGGCAUUAUGAUAAGAAGGGUAAUUUUAGUGUUAAAUCUUAUUACUAUCUUGCCUUGAGGGUGUUGGGAAGGGGUGAGGAAAGCAUAGAAGUCUUGAAGCAAAACAAUAACGAAAAGUUAGCUUUUAUCUCUUAUGUCGCAUGGAGUGUGUGGGAUGCUAGGAACAAAUUUCUUUGGCAACAAAUGGAUUGGACUCCUUUGAAUGUUAGUGCUACUGCUUCUAUUCUUUUUUCGAGUAUUUCGUUGGUUUCAAAGACUUCAAAGAAUGUAAAGAUAGUUGAGAAUACUGAGACUAUGCCCAGGGUCGGUGGUGCAAGAGUAGGAGGCUGGUGGUUUGGGAGGCUAGAUGUGAAGUUGAUGACCCGAUGGCAGUUGGAUAUAGUUAACUGUUAUUGGACGUCUUAUGCCAGCUUGACGAGAAAUCAGCUAUCUCCAGAACUUAGUGGCAGUAAAAUAGGAUUAUGCAGUCUGCUGCCGCUCACUAUUAAGCAGUUUCAUAAACUGCAAUAUUCCGGAGUGCGGUUGAGGGAACCUAGUAGUACUUUCUGGGAGUGGGUAUAA